AUGUAUUGUCAACAGCGAUUCGUUGCAUUGCUUCACGCACUUUUAAGUGUGAUAUCGAACAGCACCCAAGAGCAUCUCCCGCUGAUCCCGCAUCAAGUGAACCAGACCGAUAAGCCCUGGAUCGGAUGCAGUAACCCACGCGCCAGCAUAUCGAAUUAUAUCGCAGUGUCUGAAUCUCCCCAACCGGGCGGACCAGGCUGCACAAUCACCUUGGGACAUCCUGAGCAAUGGAAAGCGGACCCAAUGCUUGACAGAGAUGCAAAGGAUACGAUACCGGUCAAGAACGUGGUUGAGCCAGGUCUGAAGCUCACACUGACGAUAACGAACAUAGAGAGAGGAUCUCUGGACUUGCAGAAAUGCCAGAGUAUCUUCGAAGAGCUGAUAGUCGAGGGACCGGGCAACCUUCUGCAGCAGCCGACACUAGUCGACCGUUCACUGGCUGCUUUCCCAGUUGGCGAGCACUCGGACCAAAUUGCAAGCAAAUCCCUCAAACCAAGACAAGUGCAGGAAUAUCCUCCGGAGGAUCAUCCUAUCACAACACCUGCAAGCGAUCCACACUCCCUGGGAUAUCAUGGGAUCCUGGAAUACUUGCUUGGAAAGGAGAAAGGAACGAAGACUUCCAAAAGGGCCAUCGAGCACUCAAACGCCGCCAUGACUCGCACAGAACACAGACGUUCAUCCGUGCGUCAGAGCUCUCACAGCCUUAACGCGGAUUGUGAGAACAUAUGUGACGGGCAUAACUGGAGGAAUACCCAUAUAGCGAAACCCUUCCUGGGCUUUCAGCAAAGGCAGUGCGUAAUAUGCCAUCCCGACACAAAUGUUGUCCGGGUGGACAGACGCCGCCCACAGAAGGCAAAUGAACUCGAUGUGUUCUAUAAGAUAUGCGCAGUCUUCGGGGCGUCAGUCAUGGUGGCAACCCUUCUUUACAUCCUGCGGGAAAUUUACCGACGGCUUCGCGUGCGAUACUUGCUGCUUCGAGGCAGGAACCAUCGCGAUCAACGUGCACCAAGCAUAGCCAUCAAGACAGAUUGCUCCAUUCCAGCCGAUGAGAUGACAACUCGAAUGCCCGAGGCUUCGCGAGCUUGGGAAAGGUCCAGUCAAGCAUCUGACAUGGUGGGUGCCCAAGUCAGUGCGUCUGAUUCAGCCACCCAGCAGCGAUAUAGACGGUUCACUCCCUCUCAGCGAAACACCCGCAGGAGAGUCCAGGAUAUCUUUGACUUUGGUUCGUCUCAGGCGUGCAAGAAUAAUUUGACGACAGAGGAGAGGGUUCCUGUGCUACCACCAGCUGCGAAUGCAAGUGUGAGGAGAAACGUUGGCAUCUGGCAGGCUCCCAAAGGACAACGGUGUGCGGUGAACGAGGAACUGGAGGGCAUCACGCACAGCAACGCAUUUCUUUUUUAG